AUGUCUUUUCCAGUAUUUGCCUUUUGGACGCACAAUGAUGGGGUGAAGGAGAUCGGAGACGCGCCGUGGAUAAUUGGGCCGGCAGCAGCCGCAGUCUCCGCCCAAAACAGCGACGCCAACGUCACUCAUCCCGAGCUCUCCCCAGCGCCCCCAACCUCAUCUCCUUCCAACUUCAUGACCAUGAACGCGUGCAAGAGAAUGUUGCCCGGCCUGCGCUCCGUCGCAACCAAGUCGGUAUUUGUCCCGGCGCGGAGCUUUUCGGUCUCUUCUCCCUUCAUGAGGGAAGCUGCUCCCACUCUGCCUACGAAGAAGCCCGUGGGCGCAUUUCGCGGAGGUCUCUUUGGGUUCCUUACUGGCGCGAUUGCUGCCAGCGCCGGAGUCUACUUCUAUAUCCUGGGCGAGUACAGGAUCGCGAACGAGAUGCUGACAGAAGAUAUCAUCGCUCUUCAAGGAGCUACACAAAAGCUGCAGACGUACAUUGGGGAACUAGAAAGGAAGGUCGACCAGUUGCAGAAGAAGAAAUAG